UUGCUGUAAUAAUUGUGAGGGCUUUCACUUGGUCUGGAUGCUUAUCUUUUCUCCGAAUUGUACAUGCUUUAGUAGGCAAAACUAGUGAAAGAGAAAACGUUGUUCUCCACUCCGCAUCUCCUCUUUCCACGCGCCUUCGUAAAGCAAACGCUAAGAGAGAAUCGUACAGGGCCUAUCACAGGUUUAGUGGGCAAAAGAACGAAAAAUGAUCAUGCUUCUCCACUCCUUACCUGUCUCUAUAGGCUCAGUCUUUCAUAAUUAUUAGUAUGCAAUCCAAUUCCAUCUUUUCCAAGCAUUUCUGCAUUAAGCCAGCUUUAUCUGUUUUCCUUGUUUCUGUCUGCCUUAUUUUAUAGCAAAGCCUCAACCUCAGUUCUAAAGCAUUUCAAACACCAAGCUCCUUUUAUCAGCAUUUUUCUUGAUUUCAAUUUGUAUUUGUAAUGGCGUCCUUUUUCAACACCGCUGGUGCUUUUGAUGCAAUAAUACCUUCUGCUUCUACUUUUGUUGCAUCCUCAUCUGGAACCAAACACAUGCCCUACGAUGUAUUCAUAAAUCAUCGUGGAGAAGAUGUCAAAUAUACUGUGGCCAGCAGGAUAUACAAUUCCCUUGAUGCCACGGGUCUGCGAGUGUUCUUGGAUAAAAAUGAGCUGAAUCUUGGGGAUUUAUUCCCCAAAACCUUAGAAGAAGCCAUGGCAAGUGCUUCUAUUCAUAUCGCCAUUUUCUCUCAGAAUUAUGCAAAAUCCCCCUGGUGUUUGACCGAACUGGAAUUUAUGGUCAAAACUUGCAAGACAAUUAUCCCCGUCUUCUAUCAUGUUGAUACUUGUGAUUUAAGAUGGGCUGUUGAAGGAAAAGGAGCGUAUGCAGAUGCCUUCUCUGAGCAUGAAAAGAAGCAUAGAUACGCUUCAGACGUGCUUCAGCAGUGGAAACAGGCACUCCAACAAGUUUCAUUUUGUAUCGGCGAAAUCAUCAAGAAUGAUGAUGAUGAGCACAGGGCAGUGAAGAAUGUGGUGAAUCUUGUAAUGAAUAAAAUGAACAAGGUUGCUUUAGAGGUUGCCAAGCAUCCAGUGGGUCUGGAUGAAGCUGUACAAGACUUCAACACGGUUGCACUUCAAUCUGCUGGCUCCGCACAGAUCGUGGGAAUAUGGGGUAUGGGUGGCUCUGGCAAAACCACCUUAGCAAAAGAAAUCUUUAACAAAAGAUGCUCGGCCAUGGAUAGAUCAAGUUUUCUUUUCGAUCUUCGAGAUGCUGCAGAGAAAGGACUGCUGGUUGAUAAACAAAAAAAGCUUCUUGAGGACCUUGGUGUCAAAGGUGUAUCCUUUGACCAUGUAGAUGUGGGCAAAGAGAUUCUUAAGAGCCGUUUGAAAUCUGUGUCUGUGCUUAUCAUUUUAGAUGAUGUGGAUCAUACGGAUCAACUAGAUGCUCUACUACCACUGAAGGAGAGCCUUGGAGGCCAAAGUUUGAUUAUUGUUACCACACGCGACGCAAAUGUUCUUCAACAGUGGGGUAUCUCUCUCAUUUAUCAUAUGAGACCUUUGAAAGCCUUCCAUUCCAAACAGCUUUUUUGUUGGCAUGCAUUCUUACAAAAAAUUCCACCUUCGGAAUUCGACGAUCUUGUUGAUAAGUUCUUAAACGCUUGCCAAGGACUACCUCUAUCUCUCAAGGUCUUAGGGGGGCAGCUUUAUGGCAGGUCUGAUAAGGAGUAUUGGAAGCGUACAUUCAAUCAAUUUUCCCAGAUACCCCACGGGGACGUCACAAAGAGGCUGAAAGUCAGCUAUGAUGCGCUAGAGAAACGAGAAAAGGAGAUGUUCUUGGAUGCAGCCUGUUUGUUCAUUGGACAUAGAAAAAGUGUGGCCAUUGUAGCAUGGGAUGCAGAAUGGGAUGGAUUGCUUGGUUGGGAUGCGCUUUUCAACAAGUGUCUUGUUGAAGUGGAUCAAAAUGGUUUGAUAAGAAUGCAUGAUCAUUUGAGAGAUUUGGGAAGGGAGAUUGCAAAUGGACAGUCACCUUAUCGUCUUUGGUCUCCACAUCAGAUUAUUGAGAUUCCCCUUCAACUGGAAUCAAUACGAGUCCGAGGAAUAGCAAAUGCAGUUGGUGACAAUUGUUACCAACAGCAAGGGAAGAUCAUAAUAAACACAAGCCAAGGAGAGCGUAGCCUUGCACCCUGCACGCUUGGGUUGAAGAUUUUUGUUGGUAAUGGAGAUUUUAUUAAUCAGAGACACAACGAAAUAUCAAGAGAACUGGUCUGGCUUCAUUGUUAUGAAUUUGAACACAAAAAUGUUCCCUUGUGGCUUUCGUUGAAAAAUUUAAGAAUUUUAGAACUUAUCAAAGCUAGGAGCUUAGAAGAUUUGUGGGAACAGGAUGGAAAUGUUCCUUUGCAGUCAAGAGAGUUUGAUCCAAAACAAUUUUGCCGUUUCAAAUUGUUGGAGCACCUGGAGAUAAUACAGUGUACAAAUCUGUCAUCGCUGCCGAACAAUUUUGGCGAGUUGAUACAUCUACAACACUUAAAUUUGAAGGGUUGCACCAAGUUGAAGAUGUUGCCAGACGUUCUGGAAAACAUGACAAAGCUCAGAUAUUUGAAUCUUGAUGGAUGCAAUAAAGUAGAAGAGUUGCACCUCCCAGAAGUGGCUUCUUUAACAGAGCUCCAUUUGAAUGAGACCAGCUUGAAGUUACUACCGGGUAACAUUUUUAAGCAAACUAGGUUAACCGAGUUGAAGAUAGGGAGUGAGUUCUUGACAACAUUGCCUACGUCUCUUGGGAAUUUGUCUUCCUUGACCACAUUUAAAAUCCAAGGGUGUGAGAAGUUGGAAUCUUUACCGAAUUCUCUGGAGCAUCUCAAUUUCUUAAGAGAUUUAAAUAUAGAGCAAUCAGGAGUGAAAUGUUUACCAAAAUCAUUAAUCCAUCUUGAAAGGCUGCGAAUAAUCAACACCCCAAUCAGCGAGUUGAUUUUUGGGUUAGGGUGCAUGCUCAAAAGUAUACUUCUAGGGGGCACGAAAGUGUCCAAGAUUUCAAUUUGUGGAGAUUGUUGUCCCUUCCUUGAGACUCUUCGGCUUUUCUGUAAUAAGGAAUUAAGGGGGUUGGAAAACCUGCCACCAUCAUUAAAGUCCAUAGAAGUUUAUGGAUGUGAUCUGCUAAAGGACAUUAGAGGUGUCCGCAACUUGAAAAACCUUCAAAACUUGGAGAUAGAGUGCUGUGAAGAGUUAGAUGAGCUUUCAAUUGGUGGAGAUUGUUGUCCCUUCCUUGAGACUCUUAUUCUUAAAUAUAAUAAGGAUUUAAGGGUGUUGGAAACCUUGCCAGCAACAUUGAAGACCAUAGAAGUUUAUGGCUGUGAUAUCCUUAAGGACAUCAGAGGUGUCCAUGGCUUGAAAAACCUUCAGAAGCUGGAGAUAGAGUGUUGUGAAGAGUUAAAAGAGCUUCCAUGUUUUGCAGAAUUAGUAUCUUUAGAAACCUUCGUAUUGAAAGGUUGUAGCAAGGUGAAGAAAGUAGAGCUGGAUCUUGUAAAUAUCACGUCUCUAAAGAAUUUUCAAUUGGGAGGAUGCCACGUAUUGGAGAAGAUGGAAGGUUUAGAAAAUAUGAAAUCACUGGAGACCCUUAAGAUAGAGGACUGUUCAGAAUUAGAUAAACUUCCAAGUCUUGCAGAAUUAACAUGUCUCAGAGAAUUUGAAUUGCAAACGUGUCACAAAUUGGAGAAGAUAAAAGGUUUAGAAAAUAUGAGAUCACUGGAGAUGCUCAGGAUAGAUGACUGUCCAGAAUUAGAUGAGCUUCCAAGUCUUGCACAAUUAAUUUCAUUAAAGAAUUUUCAAUUGGGAGAGUGCCACAAAUUGGAAAAGAUAGAAGGAUUAGAAAAUCUGAUAUCAUUGGAGAUGCUUAGACUAAAUGAAUGUCCAGAUUUAGAUGAGCUUCCAAGUCUUGCAGAAUUAACUUGUCAUAUAGAACUUGAAUUGCAAAUGUGCCACAAAUUGGAAAAGAUAGAUGGUUUAGAAAAUAUGAGAUCACUGGAGACACUGUACAUAAGAUACUGUCCAAAGUUGGAGGCACUUCCAAGUCUUGUAGAAAUCACUUCUCUAAAGAAUAUUCAAUUGGGAGGAUGCCACAAAUUGGAGAAAAUAGAAGGUAUUGAAAAUCUGAGAUCACUGGAGAUGCUGAGGAUAGAUGACUGUCCAGUAUUAGCUGAGCUUCCAAGUCUUUUGGAAAUCACUUCUCUAAAAAAGUUUCAAUUGGGAGGAUGCCACAAAUUGGAGAAGAUUGAAGGUUUAGAAAACCUGAGAUCACUAAAAACACUCAGGAUAGAUGACUGUCCAGAAUUAGAUGAGCUUCCAAGUCUUGCAGAAUUAACUUUGCUUACAGAAUUUAAAUUGGGAAUGUGCCACAAAUUGGAGAAGAUAGGUGGUUUAGAAAAUCUAAAAUCACUGGAGAGGCUCAGGAUAUAUGACUGUCCAGAAUUAGAUGAGCUUCCAAGUCUUGCAGAAUUAACUUCUCUUAAGGAAUUUGACUUGCGAAUGACCCACAAAUUGGAAAAGAUAGAAGGUUUAGAAAACCUGAGAUCACUGGAGACACUCAGCAUAUGUGACUGUCCAGAAUUAAAUGAGCUUCCCAGCCUUGGAGAAUUAAUUUCUAUUACAGAAUUUAAAUUGCUAGGGUGCCCCCAAUUGCAAAAGAUAGAUGGUUUAGAACGGUUGAGAUUAUUGGAGAAGUUGGAAUUGCAUACUUGCUGGAAUACACCGUGUAUAGUCAGCUUAGAGCACUCUGAGAGAUUGGAGUCGCUGGUAGUCAUAGCAAACCGCAGAUCAGCUAUUGAACCAUUCGUCAGUUACAUACAGAAAUGGCCAAGUGAAGUGAUGAUAUGCACGAGGUCAGUAUUUGAUGUGGGCUCGCUGGAAAUCUUCUUUGAAGGAUUGCCAGAUGUCUGUUUUGUUGACUACACUCAGGUGGACAAAAAGGCACAAGGAUACUAUGAAUUGAGAAGGCCUGUGAGUUCCAGGAAUGCCAAUGCCAUUAUGAUAUGUUUCAUCAUAGUUUGUGUUUAUACAGACUUACAGUUUGAAAUAAAUGAGAAAAAUGUGGUGACAGAAUCUGGAUUUAAAAUCCAAGUGGGUAGAGGAAAAUGGAUAUGGAUGGGCGUCUUCACACAGAAUUCCUCUUGGCUUUGGUCAAGGAAAGACAUUUUUCUUGCAUCAAGAAAAGUAAAAUUUGAGGCAUGUUUAGUGGUGGGCGAAGAAGGGAGCUUAGUAAAGGCUUUCCAUCAGCUUUUACAAAGGAAUUGAUUUAUUUUUCAACUUCUUCAAAUGAAUGAGCUAUUUGAAAAAAAUAAAGAUCACUUUUGAGUUAUUUUAUUUA